UAUCCCUUGCAAUAUUUUAUUCACUUUCUCUCUCAUCCCUUUUUCCAUAAACGUAGAAUUACCAAAAUUACCAGAAACGUGCACGUUGUGUUAUAAAUCUUGCCUCUUACAAAUUACAACUUACAACUUCGUGUGUCUGUGGCUGUGGUACAUGAUUACAUUGUGAAACGUAGCUCAAAUUGGACCGAUAACACUGGUUUUCCCUCCUUUGUUUCAGUCGAUGGAUUUUUUGAUGCUGACUUGAAAUCGUAGCUUAAAAUGUCUGGCAGGAAGACUUGCCCAACAGUGAGUGGGAAAAAUGUAGGAGCUGAAUCAACAACUGGAAGUCAUGCGGGAUUGGGAAAGGAAGAAGAAAUGAAAGAAGAUGAACGCCAAGAAUACCUGAAAAAAUAUUUUCCAGAGUUCCUCAGCACUGUUAAAAUGUGCGUUAAGGAGACUGGUUUGAAGCGUGUCGAUGUCGGAAAUCUAGGCCUGGAUCCUACUCAAAUAAAGGACGUGCUAGAUGCUAUCUCAAAUUCCAAGGUCCAUGAGUUCAGUGCCGAGAACAGUGAUCUUCGUUGUGGGAUACGAUAUUUGAUUCAAGAGUUGAAAACAAACUCAACUUUAUCUAAGCUUAACCUCAGGAAGUGCAAAUUUCGGAUAAUGUACCUUUUAACUUUGAUGGACGCUUUGAAGGAAACAAAAAUAACGGAUUUGGAUCUCUCCUAUGUCUCCUGUCCUCCAUUCAGCAGUGAAAACACGGAGCGGCAAUUUGUCAAUUUUGUGUGCAACACAUUGGACUUGUCGCAUCUCAGGUUGACAUCCUGCUCUUUUUUGACUCCUAGGGCAGCCAAGAACUUGGCUGAAGUUCUAGACGGUACAAACCUUACUCAUCUUUGGUUGGAAAACACAGGCUUCCGCUGUAAAGGAGCUUUUAAAGCGCUGUGUAACAUGUUACCUGAAUUGAAGAUGAAAGAGCUGCACCUAGGACAGAAUGAAAUCGAAGACGAUCAGUUGAAACCUCUUUGCAAGAGUUUACAGAGGUGCUGGGAGUUGAAUGUAUUGGAUCUUCACUCCAAUAAAAUUACUGAGAACGGAAUGAGUCUCCUCUCUAAAUCUCUGGAUUCAAGAUCUGGUAUCUCAUUGUUGCUGGAGCUUAUACUGACAGAUAACAAAGGUUUCAGUGCCAAUAAUAUUUCAAUGCAUAUAAGGAAGUCUAAAAUCACUGUAUUGCAUCUAGGUGGGAAUCAGAUUCAUAACUGUGAGGCGUUCUCCCUGCCAGAUUUAUUUAAAGGUGCCUCUGUUACCGAAUUACAUCUGGGUCAUUGUAAUUUAGGAGACGAUGUAACUCAAAACAUUGUUAAAAGUCUAAAAUCUUCAAAAGUGACUAAAAUAAAUUUGAGCAGCAACCGUGUUGGGCUUGCAACUAUAUCUGAAUUUGCAAACUGCUUGAAGGAAACACAGAUCACUGAGAUUGACUUUUCGGAAAAUCAGCUCUCCGCAGAAGCACUGGAUGUGCUUGUGGAAGGUAUCAAAGAUUCAAAGCUUCGAAGGCUUACUCUGAGGGGCAGUGCAGAAACAUUGCAAGAAGGCUCACGUAUUGCUAACUUUGUUGAGAAAAUUGGGAGCCCUGGUCUAGAAUCCUUAGACAUUAGCUACACUAAUUUUGAAAAUUCGAUCGCUAUUCUAGCAAAUGCUCUCAAAAAAUCUGAAAUUCUUGAUUUGAAUCUUAGUUCUUGUCAACUGGGGGACCGAGUGGAUGUUUUAGCCAAAGUUUUAAAGGACACUACAAUCAUUGAUCUUAAUUUAACAGGAAACAAUAUAGACGAUGAUGGUGCAAUAAGAUUAGGGGAGUCAAUAAUUGAAUCGAUAGUUGCUAAGUUAAAUUUAGGAAACAAUCUUAUCUCCGACAAUGGAGCAAUGGUUUUGGGGCGUACUCUCCAGAGAGGACCAUUGUAUGAAUUAAAUUUAGAGCAUAAUAAAAUUACUGAUAGUGGUCUUGAAUUGGUAGCAGAUCUACUGAAAGGAACGUAUGUAACGGAUGUGAAUGUCGCAUUCAACACAGGCUGUAAAGUAUUACCCUUGGCUACGGUUUUGUGGCGUAACCGAACUAGGGCUCACAAAUUGUAUGAAAUGUACCAUACUCUGUUUGACGAAAAGGAGUUUGAAAAAGAGGAAUACAAAGAUACAUCUGUUUUAAGUGCAGUUAUUGAAAAAAUACUGGUUUUUUACAAAUUAAUAAUGAAAGAUCCCUCUGCUAUCAGUUGUCUGGCAAAAGUGGAAAGAAAGAUUACCUUCCAAGAAGCAGUGAGAUCAACACAGGAAGAAGAGUUCUUGUCGAUGACUUACUCGAAAGGUACUUUAACCUUUUUAGUGCAUGCUGCAUUACUCAAUUACUUCCAGCCGCCAUAUAACCUUGAUGUAACACAUUGUAUGGAUUUUUUGGAUCUUGCUAUAAGGCUUGAACUGGACCCAUCAGCAAAUUUUUUUGCUACAAGAAUUGCCGAGAGGAUCAUUAUGAAUAAAGAGGAACUUGCGCAACCAGAGGUUUAUGAAAUGUUGAAACAAAUUGAAGAGCCACUUUGUAAUUUAAAAUUAGGUCCUGAUAACAUGAAAAAAAUAAUGAAAUAUUUUAAGAGGUCUUAAGCUGUUUUGUAGCACUGUUUUGCCCCAAAUGUGUCAAGCAUUCUUUCCUCCUUCUCUCUCGUUUUUCCUGGAAAAAUGGAACUGUCGAUCUACAACUCAAUAUGUCAAUGGUGAAACUCCCAACCACAUAUCUCGGUUUGUGAUAUUGCAGACCUCCUGUCUUACUUUUGUACAAUGGAGAACCAAGGUCAAUUCUUAAAAACUUUCAUGCUUUUCCACCUCUGUGCAAAGAAAAUUCUAAAGGAGCUUCAAGGAAUGGUUUUGAUUUUUUCUGCUUUAGAGCAAUAAAAUAGGAGUGGAGGUUUUUCAACACUGCAAACGAGGUACGUGGUUUGAGAACUUCACUGUCGAUUUGUUGUAAAUGAUGACUCAUGUUACUUUCUGUGAUAUUUUCCUUUUUUAUCUGUUAAAGUACCCACCAUUGUUGCUCCAUUUUCAAUCAUGGUUAAAAACCAUACAUUUCAAAAGUUAUCUAAAUCAUAGUAAUAUUUGUGGAAAUUGUGUGCAAAUAUCAAAACAAUUUAAAAGUUUGACUUUAACUUCGCUAUCAAUUGUUUAGGUCCAAUCAUGGACCAAGUAUUUUCAAGGAAGCUUAUUUCUUGUUCUCAGGUUGGGAUGAACCCAAAAUAUUUUUGAUAAAUGAAAAUAGAAUAGAGUAAUUUAAAAUAAUAGGAUUUAUUAGAAUGUACCUGUACAUAUAUUUACAAUAAAUAAAACAAUUUUUUUUUAUAAAUUUA